ACUUAAUAGGUAUAUCUAGUAAUACAUUAUAGGAGCCAUUAUAGUAUUCAAAGAAGAGUAGUGAAUAAACAGAAACGAUCUUGUAUCUUAACUUUGAUUGAAACAAAGAAAUUACAAAGAUUAAAUAACAUUUUUAAAAUUGCUUGUAAAAUCAAUUCAAUUAGUAAUUGUAAUUAAAAAAAAUCUAAAAAAUUAAAGUAAUCUUCCUAAAAAUAUCAAUUUUAAGAAUAUUGGAUAACCUACCAAAUAUAAAUCUAGAAAACAUUUCAUAAUAACAGAAAUAUUAAAAUAAGCUUUUAGAUAAAUGAGUAUUCAAACUCUAGGCGCUCUCGUCAUGAGCAGAAAAAGAAAUGA